UGAAAGUGUACUCGAGCCUUUGACCGUUUUUGGCAGACGACACGACAAAACUGCACGACAGCGCAGUGAAAGACAAAAAGCAUUCGCCAAGGCUGCCGUUCCGGAUUAAGUACCGCGUUGAGUAUACCAUAAUAAAAAGUAGGAUCUUUUUCGGACAGAAAAGAUUUGCAGUGACCCGCUUUGUUUUACCGGAAACGUCACUAGGUUUUGCUCCCGGAUUGUUCCUAAAGGAUGGCGGACACAACUGCGUCGAGUACGACGGGGGCUGCUGCUCUCGGAUCGGACUGGAUCAAAAAAGCUGAGGAUCAGGAAAUUUCCACCCUGGUGAACGAACUGAGCAUUGACAAAGAAAAGAAGGAAGCGGAAAGUCCGACCAAGAAGGAGGAAUCGCCCGAAGAGGGAAAGGUAUCGAAUUCUAGUACGGCUGAACCAGCCACGGCAGCACCUUCGGAACCGGCAGCUAAAGAGGAAGGAGCUAACAGCGAAAACGGAGAGACCGUUAGUUCCGCAGAAGACGCGGAAGCGUUCAACCCUGCAGAUGCCAGUUUACUGAUGAAAAUCAUCCGCAAGGGGUUGGUGGAGUCCAAACUCGAUCUGGAAGUGCAGCGGAAGGAUCCUUCGUCUCCUUUAUAUUCGGUUAAAACAUUCGAAGCUCUGCACCUGAAGCCGGAAUUGUUACAGGGAGUGUACGCCAUGGGUUUCAAUGCACCGUCAAAGAUCCAGGAAACGGCGUUGCCAACGUUGUUGGCCGAUCCCCCCCAAAACAUGAUAGCUCAGAGUCAAUCGGGAACGGGUAAAACGGCUGCCUUCGUCUUGGCCAUGCUGAGUCGCGUCGAUCCUAGGAAAAACUAUCCACAGGUAAUAUGUCUGUCACCAACCUACGAAUUAGCUAUCCAGACCGGUGAAGUAGCCGCCAAAAUGGCCAAGUUCUGUCCGGAGAUUAAGCUGCGGUACGCCGUUCGGGGAGAAGAAAUAGCCAAGGGUGCCAAGCUGACCGAUCACAUCAUAAUCGGCACGCCCGGCAAACUGAUGGACUGGGGCAUCAAGUUUCGGGCGUUCGAUUUGAAAAAGAUUACCGUGUUUGUGCUGGACGAGGCGGACGUGAUGAUUGCCACCCAAGGCCACCAGGACCAGUGCAUCCGGAUACACAAGCAGCUGUCGUCGCGGUGUCAGAUGAUGUUCUUCUCGGCCACGUACGAGCGGGAGGUUAUGGAAUUUGCCGAAUAUAUCGUUCCGAAUCCGAUCGUGAUCCGGUUAGCCCGAGAGCAGGAAUCCCUGGACAACAUUAAGCAAUACUACGUCAAGUGCCGGAACCAGGACGAUAAGUAUCAGGCCAUUUCGAACAUCUACGGCGUUAUCACAGUUGGGCAGGCGAUCAUUUUCUGUCAUACUCGAAAAACAGCCAGUUGGCUGUCCGGCAAAAUGUCCCAGGAUGGCCAUUCGGUGGCAGUCUUGUCUGGUGAGCUGACCGUCGAGCAGCGGUUAGCAGUGCUGGAUCGUUUCCGUGCCGGACUGGAAAAGGUCCUCAUCACAACGAAUGUGCUCUCGAGAGGUAUCGACGUCGAGCAGGUCACCAUCGUGGUCAAUUUCGAUCUGCCGAUGGAUCAACACGGCCGUGCCGAUUGUGAAACGUAUCUGCAUCGGAUCGGGCGCACCGGUCGCUUCGGUAAGAACGGAAUCGCCAUCAACCUGGUGGAUAGCGACCGAAGCAUGGCGAUCUGCCGAUCUAUUGAGGCACACUUUCAGAAAAAGAUUCAUCUGCUGGACGCUGAGAAUUCGGACGAAAUCGAAAAAAUUGGCUCCUAGUCGUUUUAACUGUUCAUUCUCAAAUAGCUGGACCCGAUAUUGCUUCGAUGCGCCUACGAAUUUGAUUCAACACCUUUUUUGAUUACACGACGAAAGAGAGCGAGCGAAGCUUAUUAAGUUUAUUAUUUCUACGUUAAAUUGCUGACUAUCAGGCCAGAACGAUUGGAGUUGUAGUUGCAUUUAGUUUCUCUCUGAAUUCAAGUGCACAAACCUUCCAAUCGAUGAUACCCAGUGGAACACUUGCGAUGAAGGAAUGGUUUAAAACUAUUUCUUACGUUAGAUUACAAAUAUUUGUGCUGAUUGAAAGAGAGGAUGAGUUUCGCGAAACGGCUGCAAACACACACUGGAGGAAAAGAGCGGAACAAGAGAAUGUAAAGUUUAAAAGCAAAAAUAUUAUAAUAUAAAAGUAUAAUACAAACGGCUUGUGAAAGCAAAACAUGACGCGUCAAA